AUGAUGUGGCCACCCGCACUUCUGCUGCUGCUGUUGCUACUCAGGCGUGGAACCCAGGCGAAGCCAUCUCCUGACGCUGGCCCUCAUGGCCAGGGGAGGGUGCACCACGCGGCCCCCCUGAGCGAAGCCCCUCAUGAUGACGCUCACGGGAACUUCCAAUAUGAUCAUGAGGCUUUUCUGGGACGAGAAGUGGCCAAGGAAUUCGACCAACUCACCCCAGAGGAAAGCCAAGCUCGUCUGGGGCGCAUCGUGGACCGCAUGGACCGCGCCGGGGACGGGGAUGGCUGGGUGUCUCUGGCCGAGCUCCGCUCGUGGAUCGCACACACGCAGCAGCGGCACAUACGGGACUCAGUGAGCGCAGCCUGGAACACGUACGACACAGACCGCGAUGGGCGUGUGGGUUGGGAGGAGCUGCGCAACGCCACCUACGGCCACUAUGAGCCGGGUGAAGAAUUUCACGACGUGGAGGAUGCGGAGACCUACAAGAAGAUGCUGGCUCGGGACGAGCGGCGUUUCCGGGUGGCUGACCAGGAUGGGGACUCAAUGGCCACUCGGGAGGAGCUGACGGCCUUCUUGCACCCUGAGGAGUUCCCUCACAUGCGGGACAUUGUGAUUGCUGAAACCCUGGAGGAUCUGGACAGGAACAAAGAUGGCUACGUGCAAGUGGAGGAGUACAUCGCUGACCUGUACACGGCGGAGCCCGGGGAGGAGGAGCCGGCCUGGGUGCAGACUGAGCGGGAGCAGUUCCGGGACUUCCGGGAUCUGAACAAGGACGGGAAGCUGGACGGGAGUGAGGUGGGCCAUUGGGUGCUGCCCCCCGCCCAGGACCAGCCCCUGGUGGAGGCCAACCACUUACUGCACGAGAGCGACACGGACAAGGACGGGCGUCUGAGCAAGGCUGAGAUCCUGGGCAACUGGAACAUGUUCGUGGGCAGCCAGGCCACCAACUACGGCGAGGACCUAACACGGCACCACGACGAGCUCUGA